AUGUCCUCCCCGGACCCCCUGGAAGCGCUGCGGGUGGAAGGCAGCUGCUCCAUCUGCCUGGAAUUCCUGCAGGACCCCGUCCUCAUCCACUGCGCAGCUCCCCGAGAGGAGGAAGAGGAGGAGGAGGAGGGAGGAGAAGGCUCCCACCACGACCACCUCCUGGUGCCCAUCGAGGAGGCCGCCCGGGAGUACAAGGUCCCCAGGCUCCCCGAGAGGAGGAAGAGGAGGAGGAGGAGGGAGGAGAAGCCCUGCCCGGCUCACGGCCCAGCCCUGGCGCGGUUCUGCCGCGAACACCAGGCCCCCGUCUGCCUCCUCUGCCAGGGCUCCCACCACGACCACCUCCUGGUGCCCAUCGAGGAGGCCGCCCGGGAGUACAAGGAAAAGCUGCGGCGCUGCCUGGAGCUCCUGGAGCAGAAGUUGGAAUCCCUGUCCUGCUGCCGAGCCCGGGAGGAGAGGAAACCCCGGGAGCUGAAGAGGAAAGUGGCUCAGCAGCGGGAAGGGAUUUCCCGGGAAUUCCAGGAGCUGCAUGAGCUGCUGGAAGAGGAGGAGCAGGAGCUGGUGAGGAGGCUGGAGGAGGAAGAGCAGGAGAUCCUGGGAAAGCUGCAGGAAAACCUGGCUCAGCUGGGAGAGCAGGAGCAGGAGCUGGGGAGGCUGGUGGAGGAGCUGCAGGAGAAGUGUCUGCAGCCAGGAGAGGAGAUGCUCCAGGACAUCAAGGACACCCUGGCCAGGUACGAGGCAGCAGCAGCUCCAGUGGAGGAACCAAAAUCCAUCCCCAUCCAGCUGGAAAAGAAGUUUGGGAUUUUUCCCAGACAAUAUUUCACCCUCAGGAAAAUCACCCGGCGCCUCCUGGGUGAGAAACCCCCCAAUUUGGGGAAAGGGGAAGGGGCCCCGUUCCCAGAGUCGGGAUUUUGGCGCGUCCGCCUCUGGAACGGCGACAAAUACGCGGCCACCACCAACCCCUUCACCCCCCUCACCUUGAGGGUGAAACCCAAGAGAGUUGGGAUUUUUCUGGAUUAUGAAGCUGGGAAAGUGGCUUUUUACAACGUCACCGACAGGUCCCACAUCUUCACUUUCUCUGCCACCUUCACCGGGAAGAUCUGGCCCCUCUUCUAUCCCGGGAUCCGGGCCGGGAGGAGGAACGCGGCGCCGCUGGUGAUCUGCUCCCCCACAGACUGGGAGUGA